AUGCACUUUGGUGGUGGUGAUGGGCACGCUAGUAGUAGCGCCGGUGACAAAAAAUCGCUCGUGUGGCGCGAGAUCGACGCCGCGUUUGAGUCACGUAUUCUUACGGAUGCUGUAAUAAACGCGGAUUAUAUUGAGCCGCGGCAUUUCUUGGAAGACGCUUGUGAUUUAGUGAUCGAGCAAGUAUUAUCCAAUCCUGAGAUAGACCAUACCCAAUCCUUACUUAAAAAUACGUCACCUGAAAAUGAACCUAAGCUCUCUCUUUUAUUGGAUCACAGCUCUCCAGACAAGCAGGAAAAAAAUAUAGGAACAUUAACUGUAUUACCCAAUCCUGAGAUAUACCAUAUCCAAUCCUCACUUAAAAAUACAUCACACGAUCCCGGCAAUUGGGCCGCUGCAUUUACAGAAGAAAUCCGUUUAUUUUGGAUAAAAAAAGGACCUGAGUUUUUCCAAAAUAAAGAUAAAGAUUUUUUAGAGACUGCUCGGAGUUAUAAAGAAGCAAAUGAUAAAGUUAAAAUAAGACACUUAAAUAAGUCCGUUUUCGUCCGCACCCUACAGAAUGGCGAGAAAGUUAACAGAAAAUGGCUCUUGCAUUCUUCUUUGAAAAAAUCAGUAUAUUGUUUUUCCUACUGCCUUUUCUCUUCUUCAAAUGCAAGUUUCAGUUCAUCAGGUGGAUGUAAUGAUUGGAAAUAUAUACAAAAAUUUAUUUUGGAACAUGAGAAUAGUUUAGCGCAUAGAGAAUCUAUGAUGACUUACAUCGUAAGAAGCAAAAAUGUCGGUACAGUAGAUAAUGAUUUGCGUUCUCAAUAUAACACAGAGAUGGGCUAUUGGAAGGACGUCUUGAAAAAGAUCGUUGGUGUUAUCAAAUUUUUGGCUUCAAGAGGUUUUGCAUUUCGUGGUGAUAAUCAAACCAUUGGAUCACAAAGCAAUGGAAAUUAUUUGGGAUGUCUAGAAUUAUUGAGUCAAUUCGAUCCCUUUCUUUCAGAACAUAUUAAAAAAUAUGGAAAUGCGGGGAAAGGAAUUUCUUCAUAUUUAUCAGCUAAUAUUUGCAAUGAAUUUAUCAAUGCUAUGGGAAAACAAGUUCUACAUAAAAUUUUAACUGAGUUAAAAACUGCAAAAUAUUACUCAAUUAGUGUCGAUUCUACUCCUGACUACUCCCAUAUAGAUCAGAUGACUUUUAUCGUUCGAUAUAUAAAAGACGGAACACCAGUUGAAAGGUUUUUAGCGUUUACACCUAUUAAAGAGCACAAAGCAGAAUAUUUAUCAGAAACAGUUCAGACAUUUUUGGAUAAGUACGGAAUUUCUUUAAAGGAUUGUCGUGGACAGAGUUACGAUAAUGCGUCGACAGGCAGGACAGUACUCAGGUCUACAAGCAAGAAUUAA